AUGCUGAACCUUCUACGGAAGAUAUCUACAAUCUUUCAGUGGAAUAACGAGUCUGAAGAGACACCACACAAACAGCCUCAAGGUAACUCAGGGAUGAUGUCUGUCCAGGGAGUUGUGACCAGCUUGUGUACCAAUUAUGGAUGGAUUAACGAAUCCAUAUUCUUCCACACUGAAGUAGUCUGUGAUAAUGUACCUGUAAGAAUUGGCGUAAAUGUCAUCGCUCUUGUGGAAGAAGAUGAAACAACUCAUGUCCUGAAUGCCCUCAAGGUGAAAAUUAUGAAUGAUCCAGUUGACUCUAAUGAUCCAUCAGAACUUGGCAAGAAAUUUUGUAUUAAAUGUGUCACUCGUGUAAUGCAUGGCAACAUCUACUUUAGCAAGGAUUAUUCUAUUCCUAUACACCUGUUUUCUGGAGCAUUCAGACCUUUCAAGGGAGAUUUGGUGCUAGUGGCCUAUUCCAUGAUCCCAGGAACUUCAGAUGUCAACAUUCACUCCGUGAGCCCACUUAGUUUUCAGAAUAUGCAAGAGGUCUGUAUUACCAGACUCAACGGAAGAACUGGAGUUGUGGAACCCUGUAUGUUUUUUACUCUGGAUUCUCUCCAUACUAUCCCCGGUUAUUCACCUGGGUUAUAUGACGUUGUUAACGUGGUUGCAGUAGACAGCAUUCUACCACAGUAUUCUCAGAGGGUGGUGUCUAUGAUUCCAGCAUACAUGUAUUAA